AUGGCGACCGUCGGCUCGUCUUCAAUAGUUUCGUAUGGCGGCGCCGCCACCUCGACCUUCUACCCAACUGUCGUCCACGUUCGUUUCACCCUCUUACAACCAAGAAAAAUCCUCGAGUCCCAAUCAAUUUUCCAAAAUCAAAAGAAUUAAAAUAUGAAAAUAUGAAAAUAUAAGUAAGAUAUAUUUUCAAUAAGAGUUGUUUUCAGGAUCCGUAUAUCAAUCCGCUGACCGAGCACCAACUUAAAUCUUGCGACUUCUAUGCUCGCCGGAUGCAGGUUAAGUUUAAUCCAAAAAUCUGUCACAGGGGAAUUGUUUCAACUGAGUGGGACUUCUGAGUGAGUUUCAAAUCACUAGAUCCGUUUUCUCGACGAACGCGGGCUAACAUUUAUACGAAGAUCUGUGGAAAAAAAAAUACUUAUCGAUCUUUAUAUAAUAUUAAUAUGUUUCGGCUCAAUUUACUUUUGAAAAGAAAAUAAGUAAUUUUCAUAAUCAUAUGGAUGAGCCUUGUCCAUGGCCAAAAAGAUCUCGAUCGGAAAGCUUUUUUUUUAAUUUGAGGUGAAUUUUUGAGAUACCUUCGUAGUUUUCGAGCUCACAUUGGGAAUCUACGCAAAUUGAAGAAGUCUUGUCUCUUUCAAAAGUCUAAGUGUGAGUUCAGAGCAUAUUCUAUUAACUUUAGUUUUUUGCAAAAUCCUCGGGCAAUUUGUUGAAAUACGAGUUUUUCAAACUUCCAGUUCACAAAAACCAUGUUUGGAAAGGCUAAUACAGUCGAUUUUUCCCAACUUGAAAGGCGAAGGAGGCGGGGCAAGGGGCGGGACGCGUAGCGCGUGCGUUCGCGGUUCUUGGCACGAGUUCAAUUCAACCGCCAGCAACUAUUUGGAGAGCUCAUUUAUCCUCUAUUCAUUUAUUUUUCAAUCUUUAUUGAUUUUUUUCAUGUGUGCCUUAAAAGUAGUAGAAUAGAUAAAAAAUAGCAGUGGAGCUUGAAUUGAACUCGUGCCAAGAAACGCGAACGCACACUCCCGCCCCUUUCUACGCCUCCCUCGUCUUUCAAGUCGGGAUGGGUUGAGUAUGAGGAGGGUUAUUUUACUUUGUGGUUGGAAAUCUUUUGAAACUUCGCCAACUUUCUAGUUUUCGAGAAAAGGCACCUCAAACUUAAAAAAACUGAUCAAAGUUCGUUCAAAAAGAGCAUUAUCAGACUCCAGUUUCUCAAAAACUAGCGAGUUUUGCAGACUCAACUUCUGGUAAAUCAAGUAGUUUUCCGGGCAUUUUUCGGAAAUUGCCUGAAAGUGAAUUGACCUUCUUUGUAAGCUUUUCGAGUCUAUGAUGACCGUUCAAAUUACCUUUUUCCAAAGGCGGCUCUGGACUGGAUUCGUAACAGAGAUCACACCGAUUAAAAGUAGUGGCCAGAGACUUGUGACGUCACAGAGAAAUGGGAAAAACAACCGUUGUAACUGGUCUUUUGCAGGAAAAGCUGAUGGCGGAAGCGAACGCAGGGGGCGACGGCGGGUAAGGGAUAACCAAGAGACUUGUAAUCAUGAAGAAGUGCAGACACGUGGCACAACAGAGACGCGGCGCUUUGUUCUGUCGCUCGGGAACGUGGCUCGAAAUCGUCGACGACGUUAGCAGAGGCAACGCCGUCGCAUCACCCAUCCGAGGCACUCAGCUCGAAAACUCGCGUUUCAGUAUGUUUCUACUGCAAAUAUCGUCCGCAAGUGAGGUCACAGCAUAUGUAGCUCAUUUUUCACGACUCGAAUUAGCCUCUGCAUCUUUUUUUCUAUCGGCGACACACUUUUGUAGAUAUGCCGUUCUCAUGUUUUUCAUAUACCUUUCAGCGUAAUAACGAGGGUCCUGAAAUAUUCAGCGGAACAGUUAACAAAAAAGUCUAUACCUCAAUGUGAGAGUACAGUUAAAAAAAAGUAUCUGUUAGGUAUCGUGGACUUUGUGUCCGUGGCGAUGGGUCUGGUCAGCAUCAGAGGCGUCCAGACACAGCGGUUCGUGUGCAUGGACUCGCAAGGAAAGCUCUAUGCAACGGUUUCGUUCUAUUUCAAACCCCAGCCACGCUACUGCUUCAGCCACUGUCCAAUUAUUCUGCGGAGUGUGUCUUCCUCGAAGAAAUGAUGGAAAACUACUACAACGUCUACUCUUCCUGUAGCUAUGGUACACGACAGCGACCAUGGUAAUAUCUAGGAACUUUCUUCUGUAUAACAAGCGCUUUUUUUUUAAAUAAUACAGUAGAGAAUUUCGGAAAUUAAAAAGUGCUGGAAAACAACUUCGAAUUCGGAAAGGGCAGCGCGACCUCGCGUUCCAGGGUCGAAUCCAUUCAAUCCACGUACUUUUUUUUUUACAGCAAAAGGCCAAUUAUCGUUACCGUCUAAUGGCACGUUCUUUUUUUGCGCAAUGAUUCAACCCAUUCCCCACAGCGACAAAAGUGUGAAAUUGGGGAUUCAGACAUAAAGACACUUCAAUCUCGCUGAACUCAUUUUUUUGAAGGCCGCGUCUUGAAAAUCUGCUUGAAAUUGGGAAAAGCAAGAGAUGAUGGUUAGAACCAACAUUAAAAAAAGAGUUCUUUAAUAGAAAUUGUUUCAUUUUGUGAAAAGAAUCGAAAGCCCCAAGCAAGCAGUCAUUUCUUCAGGUUCAUGGAGCUCAGAAGAAGCGGUAAGCCAAGACGAGGUCCCAAUACUCGCAAACGGAGAAAAGUAACAAAAACAACGGUUUCAAUUAAUGAAAAGAAAUUUUCAAGGCGAGUCACUUCUUAGUAGUUCACUACGAUUCACCACCGCUGAGGAAACCGAAGCCUAAAGAAGGCGAGGUCGGGAAGGCAAGUGCUUCUCACAACUGGGAUAACCAGGUGGACUUUCAGAGCGUGGACCUGUCGACUUUGGUGGUGGCGUCGCUUCUGCAUCAGCCGCCGAGUCAUCCCUACUUUCGACCGUCGAGCACUCCGUCGACACAUCGAAUCUCGCGGCUUACCGCCAAAGUUGUGCUCCAGACGCAAGACCCUAAAGAAACGGCCUCACAUCGCCGGAGGAAAGAGCGUCCGCGCAGCUACCGCGAGGAUCGACUGCGUCGAGAGGAGCGCAAGAGAAAGUAAGUCGUUUGUCAACUUGAAAAGUGCUACCCAAAUAUGAGACCACUUAUCUCGUCAUACAUCUGUCACGCAUACGGUGGGAAACCGUCUGAAAGUCUUCGUUCUUCGAAAAGUUAGACAGACGAUUAAAGUUAUAGAUCCGAUUUGCAGAGAGCGACAGCAAGAACUGAGAAGGAUGCGAUUGAUGGAGGAGCGCCGGAAGAACUUACGGCCAGACCGCAACUCUACGUCCUCUUUCCAGCGUCGCUGGUGA